AUGGAUAUUAUGGACGACAACUGGUACAAAUUUUCAUUAAUUAUACUUGUGUCAUCAGUGAUAUGUUGUGGACUCAUACCAAUAUUUCUUCGACUCUGGUUAGCACGAAAACGCUAUUAUCGUUAUUGUGCAGAACGUAGUCUAAUUGAACAAUGUAUGCCAUUUGCAUUCAAUAUCCAGAAAUCAAUCUAUAGUGAUCUUACGCCCGAACUAUGUACAUCUAUUUCAUUCCAGCAUGAAACACCGACAACACCAGUAAGCGAAUCAAACCAGCUAUAUUCCACAAUCUAUAGUGAAAUACCAUUUAUUGAUUCCAAAGAUGGUGUUGCUGAUGUAACAUAA